UCUCUCUCUCUCUCUCUCUCUCUCUCUCUCUCUCUCUUUUACUCUCUUUUUCGUGUUCUCUCCUUUGAGAAACUAGCUUCCGCAUCGUUCGCUCGUAAUUAACAUCGAUGAGAUAGUUAAUAUGUUUAUAUCCCGUUAGAAAUUGGUUAUUGUUCCUUUUCACACUUUGAUCGUGCGAUGCGCUGCCAUUAGAGAUCUCUCGGAGAAUAUGUUCGAUUUUCAACUUGUAGGAUAUAUUGACAUUGUCCCUCGCACCGUUCUCGUCGUGCUGAUAUCGUGUUAAUAUCGUGAUUCGUUAUCGAAACUUUUCAGAAUUAGAUGACUCUACGAGCAAAUGGUAUUUUAACUAUCUCUUCCAAUCGUUCUACAUAGACUCGAAUAACAAUAAUUCAAAUUACAAAUAGAAAUGUGUGUGCUUCCCUCAAAUUGAUUAAAUUCGAAUCUAAUUAAAAAUUACAACGUGAUGUGUGAUUAUAGGCUCUUGUAAACCUUGCAGGAAAUUUUAAGGAGCUUUCUAGAAUGAACAAAGAAUACUGAUAUUGAAUGUGUUGUCGAAAGGUUAUUGCGAGCGAUGAUACAAAUAAGAUAUCUCUCAUCUAAAUGCCAGCACCAUCCCCGACCCUCUCAAGCUUGCCUGAAGCACCUAUGUGUGAGAAAACGGAAGUCAAUGAUACCGAUUCUUUGCCCCCUUGGGCCAAAAUCACGCUUACAUCUGCAGAAGCUGAAAUCGAAAAGCUAAUUUCGCGAAAUGAGUUGAAAGACGCAGAGGUAACUUACUUUUGUCAAGUAGAACCGAUUCUCCAAGAUGGGCCACAGUGCGGUUUAGUGGCGCUUUCAAUGGCAUCGCAAGAAUACACAAAACCAGUUUCUGUGAAUCAGCUUCUUGCUGAAGCUCGUGUUAGAGGAUUUACGCAGCAUGGAGAAGUGUACAGCGUCGAUUUUAUGGGAACAUUGGCCGCGGAAUAUUUGCCUGAUCACAAACCAGAUAUUUUAGUAGAUUUACAACAAUGUCCAGAUACAUUAACUCAUGCUUUAGCACAUGGAGCAAUGGUAUUGAUACCAUAUGAUUCUGACUUUAACCACGCUCCAUGUUUAAAAAAAGGUCAUAAAGCACAUUGGGCAUUACUUGUGGGUUUAAUCUCUUCUAGACAAGGAUAUCACGUUCUGGCACGUCAUGGUAAAUCGCGUCAUCUGGCUUGCUGGCCUUUACGCGAUUUGAUCGAAAGUAAUGGCAACUUGGAGGAAGAGGGUGCGACGAGACACGCAGGAGGAUAUGUUAUACCAAAGGGUGGCGUUGGAGGUCAAAAGGGCUUACGCGGCAGAGCCCUGGCGUUACAUCCGUACAUAUAAAGUUAUAUCAAAGAAAAUUAUAGGUAAUUGAUUUCACAUCAAAAAGAAGAAAAUUUGCCGAUACUACGUAUUCAUGUGCUAAACAAUCGAAACGUUUGCAUACACAUACGGCUUCCAUAAAAAUCAACUAAUAAUUAUGUACUAGCGACGCUUUAAUUACUAUUUAUAUUUAAAAUCGCGCGAAAUAUUUUACAUCUUGUUAGUCAUGAUAUCUACCAAAAAAUGUUCGACAUCGGACAUGUGAUUUUACGUGGCAUUACUUUUGCUUUACUGGAAUUAUAUAAUGUAAAUAAGAAUUCCGGCAGGCCGAAAAUAUGUGCACGUGAAAUAUAAAUACAGAUGAUUGUUUCUCUUGAUAUUACGCCCUAUUAGAUUGAAAUACAAAAGUGUAUGCAUGCAUAGUAAGAUAAAUGAGACAUAAAAAUGUUUACAUAAGUAAAUAUAUAUAUAU